AUGAGAAGAAGAAAAUUGGGGAAUUUGAAGCUGAAGAACCGAGUGAAACUUUUGUGCGCGAUCGUGACCGUUUCAUUCAUAAUCACACAGAUCUUCACUGCGUUUCAGCUCAUAAGCAUGCCUAGAUCGACAACUCCUUCAACCAAAACAACCGAUCUCUCCAAGCGCGCGAGCAUCGGCGAGUUCGGGGAAACGGUGAUUAGGUUGUUACCUGAAGAUCUGGCGUUCACGCUGUUCCUGCCGUCGGAGGAAGCGAUCCGGCGCGAUCUUAGGCUGAAGCGGAACGAUAGCUAUUCCUAUGCGGUGCUGACGCGGGUGCUCGGGUUUUCAUCGGUACCGAGGUGGAUUUGGUCCGGCGAUUUGGAGCGUGGGAAGGAGAAAAGCUACGAUUCGAUAUCUGGAUUGAGUUUGGGUGUGAGCCAGGAUUUGAAUGGAAACGUGGUGGUGAAUGGAGUAGUUUCGGAGGAGGUAGAUUUGAGGAUUGGGGAAAUUAUAGUGCAUGUGAUGGAUGGAGUUGUGAUGGAUGCUGAGUUUCAGCAAUCGGUGCGCCCCGAUGAUGAUGAUGAUGAUUUCGAUUAG